AUGGAAAACUCGGAGGAUUGGUGCUUCAUCUGCAAAGAUGGUGGGCGUUUAAUGCUAUGUGACUACGAAGGCUGCUCAAAAGUUUAUCAUCCUAAAUGUGUGGGAAAGAGCAAAUCCAUCCUCAAAAGCCAAAAGAGCUGGACUUGUAGGAAGCACUUGUGUUCCGAGUGUUUUAACGGAUCAGUCACAAUUAGCUUCUCAUGCCUUUGCUGUACAUACGUAUUAUGUCACCCUUGCUACACAAGUACUACUAGUGCUGCUUCUGAGUUUUCACUGAUAAGAGGGAAGGACAAGGAAGGCCUAUGCAAGGAGUGUUUGGAGCUAGUUAGGCUCGCGGAAUCAAACUCGGAAUAUAGACCAGAUGGAAAGAGACUAGACUUCGAGGAUAGGGAUACAUUUGAAUGCCGAUUCAAGGAGUGUUGGGAAAUCAUAAAGGAAAAUGAGGGCUUGACUUUGGAUGAUGUCUAUUCCCCAAAUAGUAACAAUGAUGAAGGUGACGACGAUGAUGAUCAUAUAGAAAUUCACAAGUCAAUAUUGGGAAAAAGGAAGGCAGAAGCAGAAGAGUUUAUAAUUAGUGACAGUGAUGAUGAUGAUCAUCUACAAUUUCAGAAGUCUAUAAUACUAAAAAGGCAGAAGGUAGAAGCGAAAUUUAUAGGAUGGGGAUCAGAACCUCUGAUUCAAUUCCUCCAAUCUGUUAAGAAAGAUACAAGCAAACAAUUAUCGCAUCGUGAUUUGGGAUCUGCAAUCUAUGAGUAUGUCAUCGAUAGACACUUUAUUGAGUACACAAAUAAGAAGACAAAGGUUAGAUGUGACUAUAGGCUGAGUAAAAUUUUCGGAAAGGAAGAGGUAGAUGUGGUCGAUGUACUUAGUUUUCUGGAUCAACAUUUGGAGAAUGUUGAAGAAACCUGUUAUGCAUCUAUAGUAACUAGUAACAUGAAGCUUGUCUACUUGAGAAGGAGCUUAGUGGAGAAGUUGAUGUUGGAGCAGCCCGAAAGUUGGGAGAGAAAGGUGGUGGGAAGCUUUGUGAGAGUGGAAAAUGUUGAAGGAAAUAAUUCUUCUGAUCACAAACUCAUACAAGUUAAGGGCAUAACUAAGGAAGACAAGAAUGAUGAGAUUCUUCUGGAACUGCUUGGGAGAGAGGAUCCGAUUUCAAUUUCUCUGCUAUCGGAUUGCGACUUCACUGAGGAAGAAUGUGAGGAUUUGCAACGAAGCCCGGAAAUUUGCCUGCUGAGGAGACAUACAAUUGCCGAGAUUGAGCAGAAGGCAAGAGAGCUGCACGAGGAUAUAACCAAGGAUUGGAUUGAAAGAGAGUUGGUCCGGUUAGAGGAUUGCAUUACUCAUGAGAAAAAGCAGAACGGAUGGAUCAGUGGAGAUCUAAGUGAGUAUUGGCGCAAGAUAGAGAUGCUACAACAAUCGUCUGAACAUGAACGACGCUUGAAGCAAGUGCCACAAGUGAUUCCAGAAAGGAAUAAAACUUGCUUGUUCUUCUGA